GAAAAGCUUCACAAGCGAUGAAGCAGGGCUGCAGGUGUCUCUCUGUCUCUCCCCUCUCAAUCUCUCUCUGUCUCCAUUCAAUAAUAAAAAUAAAAAGUAAACCUUUUUAAAAAAAAAAAGUUAAGAAUUGUCCAGAAAUACUAAUUAUGCAUUUAGGAAAUUGACUCCGUGCCAUUGAGGCAUUAACAGAAACUUUCCCUCCCCAACCCCACCCCCCAUGCAAGAUACUUUGAAUGUGCAAGAGCCAGUGGCCGUCCUCAGUGCGAGAACAGUCUGGGGAGUGCUUCGAGGCUUAGAGACCUUUAGCCAGUUAAUUCAUCAAGAUCCUAAUGGGAUUAUCAGCAUCAUUGAAUCCAGUGUUUCUGAUUCUCCAAGGUUUCCUCACAGAGGCAUCUUGAUUGAUACAGCCAGACACUAUCUGCCAAUUAAAGCUAUUUUAAAAACUUUGGACGCCAUGGCCAUGAACAAGUUCAACGUGCUACACUGGCACAUAGUGGAUGACCAGGCGUUCCCAUACCAGAGCGCCACGUUUCCGCAGUUAAGCAAAAAGGUGAGUUAUUGGAAUCUGAUUAGCAAAAUGUUACCCAAGGACGUCCGGAAGGUGAUUGAAUAUGCCCGACUGAGAGGGAUUCGAGUCAUACCAGAAUUUGAUAACCCAGGACAUACAGAUUCUUGGGGGAAAGGUCAGAAAGAUCUCCUGACUCCCUGCUAUGAUGGAAAGUACCCCUCUGGGAUGUUUGGACCUAUAGACCCGACUCUGAACUCAACUUACACCUUCAUGUCUAGGCUUCUCAAGGAAGUCAGUCAGGUGUUUCCUGAUGAGUUCAUUCACUUGGGUGGAGACGAAGUGGACCUUCAGUGUUGGAUUUUCGAUAUUAUCUCAACAACAAAAAAGAAAGCUAUCGUCUGGCAAGAGGUUUUCGAUGAUAAAUUGAAGCUGCAGCCUGGCACGAUCGUCCAGAUAUGGAAAGCCAAUGAGUAUGAGGAAGAACUAAGAACGGCCACAGAGGCGGGCUUCCCUGUCAUCCUUUCUGCUCCUUGGUACUUGGACUACAUCAACUCCGCAGAUGACUGGAAGGUGAACUAUGAAGAGGAGCCUCAUUUUUUUUCUGGUUCUGAGAGGCAGAAACAACUUGUCCUCGGAGGAGAAGCCUGUCUGUGGGGAGAGUACGUGGACGCCACCAACCUCAUGCCGAGACUGUGGCCUCGGGCAAGUACUGUUGGUGAGAGACUUUGGAGCGACAAAGAGGUCAGAGAUCUAGAUGACGCCUACAACAGACUGACAGUUCACCGCUGCAGGAUGGUCAGGAGAGGAAUAGCUGCACAACCCCUUUAUACCGGACACUGUGCUGAUGAGUACAAGACGUAA